UGAUUGACCAAUAGUCUGCGAGGAGAGGCGGGGCUUUGACUGUCAUAGACACGUGUACCGGGAAGUAGGAAGUAAAUACAGAGAAGUCGAGGUGCCACUGGAAAGAAGUCUGGCACCAUGAUAGAAGGCUGCAGCCCUAUGACCCAGGCCCUGCUGGGGACUCUGUUCACCUGGGGUCUGACCGCUGCCGGAGCAGCCAUGGUGUUUGUCUUCUCCAGCCGACAGAAGCGCAUCUUGGAUGGAAGUUUAGGCUUUGCAGCCGGGGUAAUGUUGGCUGCUUCCUAUUGGUCAUUGCUGGCACCGGCGAUCGACAUGGCGGAGGAUUCUGGGAAGUACGGCUCAUUUGCGUUUUUGCCUGUGGCUGUGGGGUUCACACUUGGAGCGGCCUUUGUUUACUUUGCUGACCUGGCCAUGCCCCUGCUGGGUGUAGGUGCUGACCCCCACAUUGCCUUGGCUCUGCCCCCCGAAUCCAAGCUGGCCAAAGAGAAAGCAGAGCAGCCCUCGUUCCAGCUCUUGGACACUGAUGAGAUGAGCAUCAGGAUAGGUAGACCUGGACCUCUCUCAGAUAAAGUAGAGAAUGGAGAUGUGUACCACAGGAGGAGAGGACCUCAUUCGGGCAGCUCAGAUGGACAGGAAACAGGAAGUAAACAACAGGAAGGGGUUGGGCGGACUGGAAGCAGCUGGCGACGAAUUCUUCUCCUCAUCCUUGCCAUCACCAUCCACAACAUACCCGAGGGUUUGGCUGUGGGGGUUGGAUUCGGAGCCAUUGGAAAGACUUCAUCUGCUACUUUUGAAAGCGCCAGAAAUUUGGCCAUCGGUAUUGGCAUCCAGAAUUUCCCAGAAGGCUUGGCAGUGAGCCUGCCGCUCCGGGGUUCAGGGGUCUCAACGUGGACAGCCUUCUGGUAUGGCCAGCUAAGCGGCAUGGUAGAGCCCAUUGCUGGGUUGCUGGGCGCCUUCGCUGUUGUCUUGGCAGAACCUCUGUUGCCAUAUGCUUUGGCUUUUGCUGCCGGGGCGAUGGUUUACGUGGUGGUGGAUGACAUCAUACCUGAGGCUCAAGUCAGCGGAAAUGGGAAGCUGGCAUCCUGGACCUCCAUCCUGGGCUUCGUAGUGAUGAUGUCACUAGACGUAGGGCUGGGCUAAGGUCACCGUGACAGCUGGCACCAUGUCAACCUCACCCUCAAUGACCAUGAUGUCAUCACAGUGCUUCUGACCUCAGUUUUUUUUUUAAAAAAGGGACCAAAUGAAGUGUUUUAUUCCGAAACACUGUUUAUCCAUUUUGUUUCUACUUGAAAUUCAGCAGUGAGAACAGAAACAGAACUAUUUUGUAAACCAAGUUGUGAGGAUGACUCUUUAAUGUGUUUUAUCUUCAGCUGUCACUUUUUUCAAAUGGCAGACGUCAUUUAGGAAUGAAUUGAUAAAUAUUUAAUGAAUAUUCUCCUGAUUCCAGAGCUUGUGAAUGUUUUGCUGAGAGGAUAUAGCUUUUUGAUUUCAAAACAAAAGUUGUCAGUUAUGACAUGUUAAAUGAAUAUUACUUUUUAGUUUACUUCUUCCAGUUUUUGUAUUUCCUCAUGAUGGCAAUACUUGAAGUCUGGUGUUUGAUUUGGUCAUUUAUGGGUCUGCCAAUGAGUGAUUAGAUUUUGCUUACUCCAUUCUAACUCCUGCUGUAAUGUUGGCACUGCAAAACAGCAAGGUACAAUGUGAUUAUGGUGUACUGAAACAUGAAAUUCCAAAUGGGAUUUUUCUUUGUGUGUGUCUACACAAUUAUGACUUUUAUGAGGAUCGCUUACAGUAAUCUGUGGACUUGUGCAGACUUCAUACUUAACAUAAUUUACUUGAUACAGCCCCCUUUUCAACCAAAUGCAGUGCCUUCUUCUUUUUAGCAAACGGGCAGUCUCCUGCCAUCUACUGGUCAUUCUGGAGAAUCACAUGUUGUGGUCCAUGUCUAAUUAUUUAAAUGCAGAUGAAGUUAACGCUGAAUAGUAUGAAGUAUUUAUAUAAUUAAACAACCAAGUGAUUGUCAGUUUUCUUCAACUUAUGGUUUUAAGGCACUCAGUAUGAUUUAUCCAUCUGCCUUUUCUAGAGAGACAUUACGCUAAGACAUGGCAUUCAUUUCUAAAAUGUUCAGUUUAUUGAAACAAGAGGAAAGCUUAUAUAAGAUAUUCCCCCGUAGUUAUGUUGACAAUGUUAUGUUGGCUAUUUAGGAUGUUAUUCAUAAAAAUCUUUAGUUAAAGAUUAGUUGAAGACAGAUAUAGUAACCAUUUUAAGUGAUACUCAUCUGUGGAGGUCCUAUAGAAUGUUUGUAUGUGAAUUAAAUACCGGUUAGAUUGUU